GUAGAUUUUAAAUAAUAAACAUUAUAAAUAUAUAUUAAAUAGUGUAUUAUUGGUAACAUAGCUCUUAUAUUAAUUUUGAAAGAAAAUUGUUUGUUAAAGAUGAAGUUGUGAAAGUUUAUUCUUUGGCUUCAAUUCCCAUCGAAGUCGUUAAGUAGAAAGUGUUGAAAGAGUGAACAUCACAUAGUAACAGUUAACAGCAACAAACAAAAUUCUCCAAUUUCCCUCUUUCAUAAAUUAGGGUUUCUUCUCGCCAUGGCCGACGGCUUCUGGUACCGGCAGCAGCAACAGCAGCAUCACUCACUUCAUCCCCACUCCGGCCAGGUCAAACGACCGCGUUCCGAUUACGAAAUGGCAGCUUCUGGUAUGCCUACAGGCAAUGAGAUGCAUAAUUAUCUUGCUCACGAUGAUGACCGUUCUGGUCACCAAGCGGUAAAGGACACAAAAACAAUUGGAUCUGCUUAUGAUCGCUACCUUCAGAGUGGGCAACUCUCUUCAUUUACUUCUGGGGAAGCCAGUACAAUUGGUGGUCUUGGAUUGCCAAGGGGUGUUGGUGGAUUACCAAACCAUUCCCUAGGUGAUCCUGCUGUCAUGGGGCGUCAUGGGGGUCCUGAUCUUGCACCAAAUGGACGGGGUAUUAAUUAUGGUUUUCAGCCACCGAUGGACGCAAUGUCCAGGCCUGGACCCGAGACAGCACUCCUACCCCCAGAUGCUUCAAGUACUUUAUAUAUUGAAGGUCUGCCUUCUGAUUGCACAAGAAGGGAAGUGGCUCAUAUUUUCCGCCCUUUUGUUGGAUAUAGAGAAGUGAGACUUGUAAGCAAAGAGGCCAAACAUGUAAGUCGUGGAGAUCCUCUGAUCCUUUGUUUUGUGGACUUUGCAAAUCCAGCUUGUGCAGCAACUGCUUUGAGUGCCUUGCAAGGUUAUAAAGUCGAUGAAAUCAGUCCCGAGUCUAGUCAUUUGCGGCUUCAAUUUUCUCGGUAUCCUGGUCCAAGAGGUGGAGCUGGUCCGAGAAGUGGACCUGGUCCAAGAAGUGGACCUGGAUCUCGUGAGAGCGAAUGUAGAUUGAUGUUUUCACCUUCAGCUGCCUCAACUUUCUUUCAUUGGUGAAAUGGCCCAAAAUUGUUUUAUUUUUGUGGGACAUUAAGCUAGCUAGUUUUGACAAAUGGACUAUUAUAGGGAUCUAUUGUCUACUACUGAUAGAUUUGAUGAUAAAGCAUUUAAGGUGUUUGGCACAUGGACAUUCUGCUUAGGAUGGCAAGGAUGAAUGUGCAAGAUUUUUUAUUUUAUUUUUUUCA